AUGCUCUCCUGCGCUCCUUGCCGUCUCCCGCCACUCGCCGCCCCAGCGACGAAUCAGCGCUGGCCGUCCCCCCGCCCAAUCAUACGCGUCCUCGCCCCGGCUGACGACCCCCCGACGCGUCCCACCAUUGGACACGCACACGAGGACCAAUACCCUCUGAUCAUCGAUACUUUCCAGCCGACGCCGCGGCUCUCAGUUGAGCAGCCCAGCGGCCGUACACACAACACCACUCCAGCUUACGAGAACUUUCUGACCGAGCGCUCGCGCGUCCUGCGGCUCUUCAAUCUGCCGCCUGCCGCAGCGUCAUUUCUCUCUGCCGUGUUUGGCCCGUCGCUCGACAACAAUGGCACGGCCCCCGCGACGCUCUGGACCGUGCGCGAGGACUAUCCUGGACCGCGCCCGGCCGAGGACGACUGCGUGUAUGCGGUCUUUAGGACACACGAAGAGGCCCGCGCUGCCCUCGCCCUCGACGCCGCCGCCCUCCUCAGCGUCGCACCCGCCCGCGAGCACGACCUGUUGCCCUUCCAGAAACUGCAACGUUUAGACCUGCCCGGUCCGGCCUCCCCCAUGUACGCCCUGCACCUCCCGCCGUCCCCCGCCACCUCGCUGCCCCCACUCUCGCCAGCGCGCCCCACGCGUCCGUGCCCGACACCCCUCAGGUCCUCCGUGUCGACGUCCGACAUGCACACGCGCGUCGUCCACGACGCCACACGCUUCGCCGACCGCGCCCCCGCCGCGUACACGCUCUCCAGCAACCCCCCAGCGGCUCGCGCGAGCUUCCGCAUGGGCGACUGGAUGUGCCCUGCCCCCAACUGCGCCGUCCACAACUUCCAGCGCAAUCUAUCCUGUAUAGGCUGCGGCUCUCCUCGCCCCGCCGACGGGUUCACCAGCCCAGAACCGCGCUCGCCCCCCGCCUGGACCGCGCAGAACCGCGUCUGCCCCUCCCCCCGCUUCAUGGGCGGCAUGCAUGGACCCAUGUCCCACCCGCCGCCCGCGCCGCUCGACGACCUCAGCCGCCUCGUCAAGUCGCACCCCGCCCCGCACGCGCUCAUCAGCCCGGGCACGCCGAAAACGCCCGCGUACCCGAUCCUCACCCCGUCGGGGCGCGCGCUCGCCGUGGGCGGCAAGGUGCAGAACGUGUCCGCGGACCCGUUCACGCCGUGCCUGAUGUGGUGGCCCGACAACGAGCCGCUGCCCGAGCAGAGCCAGAUCCGGCCGAGCGGGCUGAUUGGCGUGCAGGUACACCCGCCCAUUCUGAAUACCGGGAACCGUGGCCCGAUCGAACACCAGCCUGGGGACUGGGUGUGUGGAAAGUGCAGCUAUCUCAACUGGAGACGCCGUAAAGUGUGCCAGACGUGCUUCCCUUAUGCGGAGGGCAAUGGUGAUUCCAUCUCUGCGGCGGUCCAGGCAGAGCGUAUUGCGCUUCUUGCUUCUGUCAUCGCGAAGGAGACCACAGUCUCCUCGCCUCUCUCCACCCAGGCUCCUCUGACCCCGUUGCAUCACACGCAGUCUCCCAUCCCUCAUGUUCCCCAGCCGCGCUCUUCGCUCUUUGUCGACAUCUCCCCGGAGCUCCAGGGCAGCCGUUCGCGAACGGACUUGCCGCCUGACGAUACGUCCAUGUAUAUGGGCUCGCGCACCAUCUACCAGACUGGUGGUCACCGCCAGCCCAGCCCCCCAUCCCCGAUUGCGCCUGCCAGGAAGCCGGCGCCGGCGCCGAGUGCCCUGCUCCCAUCCUUCCUGCACGACAUCGUGCGCUCUCCGUCCCUUUCGCCCGCGUCGACGUCGUCUGCGUUCUCUCUGGAGGAAUGUGAUGAGGGCUUCUCUUUGCACGCGCAUCCCCGCGGGGAGGGCCGGGAUCGUACGCUCGUCGCUAAGAGCUCGUUCUCCAGCCUCGGUGGCGGGAGUAUCUGGAGACUUGACGGCGAGGAGAGCAAGGCGCUCUCGUCUGUCAGCCAACUCGAGAGACAGCUCGCAGUGGUGGAUAUCAAGUAAAGGACGGUGACCUCAUUAUGGGCGGAACGGUGUGGGGUUGUACAUAUGAAUCGUACAUGUGCUGGAAGGAGGAACCAAGGAUCGCAAGAACAAGAUUCUCGAGGCGGGGCGGGGCCGCGUAAAAGCAUAUUAUUUAUAACAUAUCUCUGAUCUCUUUUUCUCUCCCUGUUUGGACGAUCUGCUGCUCUUUUUGCAUCGCUCUGCUGCGCUGACUGAUUGACUGACAUAGCCGUAUCCUAUAUUCGUAAAGUCUCUUCCUUCCUCCCAAGAGCUCACUCAAUAUCUCUCUGGAUCUCUCAGAACCCUCCCCGUAGGCCUCUAUGGCUCCCGCUGUUGUGAUACUAGCUAGCUACUUUAGGAUCUCGCCGAUGUGUGCAGGCUUAUCCUGUUUUUGGAGAAAUGAUAUGGUG